UUAAAUUGUUUGUUUGUUCUUAAAACAAUCCUCUCGACCAUGUCUUGGUAUUAUACGCCCCACCCCACCGUUGUGCCGGCAGAAGAUUUCGAUGCAUCUGCCGAUGCAAAUGCGCUUCGAAAAGCGAUGAAAGGUUUCGGCACGGACGAGCAGGCGAUCAUCGACAUACUGUGUGCUCGAUCCAAUGACCAGCGACAAGAGAUUGCGGAAGCAUUCAAGCGAGAACUGGGCAGAGACCUGAUCGACGAUCUAAAGUCGGAAUUGGGAGACAAGUUUGAAGAUGUCAUUCUGGGGCUUAUGCUACGCCCGGAAGCGUACCUGUGCAAGCAGCUGCACAAAGCGAUGGACGGGAUCGGCACCAACGAAAAGGCGUUGAUCGAAAUCAUUUGUCCUCAAACAAACGAUCAAAUUAAGGCGAUCGUCGACUGUUACGAGGAGAUGUACGAUCGUCCACUGGCAGAACAUUUGUGCAGCGAAACGUCCGGUAGUUUUCGGCGUCUUCUGACCAUGAUCAUUGUCGGUGCUCGCGAUCCUCAGGGUACAGUUGAUCCUGAUCUUGCUGUGGAGCAGGCGAAACAGCUGUACGAUGCCGGUGAGGGUAAGCUCGGUACGGAUGAGGAAGUGUUCUACAAGAUCCUGGCCCAUGGAUCCUUCGACCAACUGGAGAUUGUGUUCGAAGAGUACAAAAGUCUGUCCGGUCGUACUAUCGAGCAGGCACUUAAGGCGGAACUGAGCGGCGAACUUUACGACGCACUGAGUGCGAUCGUGGAGUGUGUCCAGAUGGCACCGCAUUUCUUUGCCAAACGGCUGCACAAGGCCAUGGAUGGCGUCGGAACGGAUGAUGCGACGUUGAUUCGUAUCAUUGUGUCGCGAUCGGAAAUCGAUCUGCAGAACAUCAAGGAUGAGUUCGAGCAGAUGUACAACAAAACGCUUGUCAGUGCCGUACGAAGUGAAACAUCCGGUGACUACAAACGGGCCCUUUGUGCCUUGAUCGGAGACGCUUGAAAAGGCGAACAAAACGACAACAUAACGAAAUUGAUU